CUGUUUAUUAAAAAUCUUGUAGCGAACUUUCUGUUCUUUUCGUACAAAGUUCUAAUUGGGUUCAAGAGGCACAUCUGGUUUUUUCAUUCGUCGUACUAGUCAUGACUAUUUCUAAUGAAAAUAAAGCACCGAGAAGGUUGGAGGGGAAAUUUCAAGCAACGGUGGUGUGUUUCAUUCUUGGAUUGGGGUCCCUUGUUGCAUGGAACAGUAUGUUGACAGUAGGAGAUUAUUACUACAAUCUGUUCCCUACAUACCAUCCUUCGCGUGUACUCACUCUCAUUUAUCAACCAUUUGCACUUGUAACUAUGGCAAUACUGGCGUAUAAUGAGUCAAGGAUCAACACUAGGAAGCGGAACUUAAUUGGCUACACUCUUUUCUCCAUUAGUACUUUGCUAGUUCUUGUUUUAGAUCUAGCAACAUCAGGGAAAGGGGGAAUUGGACCUUACAUUGGUUUGUGUGCACUUUCUGCUUGUUUUGGAGUCGCAGAUGCUCAUGUCCAAGGUGGCAUGGUUGGAGAUUUGUCUUUUAUGUGUCCUGAGUUCAUCCAGUCCUUCUUUGCUGGUUUGGCUGCCUCAGGAGCUCUAGCUUCUGGUUUGAGACUUCUCACCAAAGUGGGUUUUGAGAAAUCUGAUCAUGGUCUUCGAAAAGGGGCUAUGCUAUUCUUUGCAAUCUCUACACUUUUUGAAUUCUUCUGCGUAAUUCUCUACGCAAUAUACUUCCCUAAGUUGUCCAUAGUAAAGUAUUACCGUUCAAAGGCAGCUUCAGAAGGAUCAAAAACUGUGUCAGCUGAUCUUGCAGCUGCCGGCAUUCACAAUGACACCAACCUGCAAGUUGGAUUUGAUGCUAAACAGCAAGAACGGUUGAGCAAUAAACAGCUAAUUCUUCAGAACAUGGAUUAUGCAGCUGAUUUGUUUCUGAUAUAUGUAUUGACACUGUCAAUUUUCCCUGGAUUCCUGUUUGAAAAUACUGGAUCUCACCAGCUAGGAACAUGGUACCCACUUGUUUUGAUUGCAAUGUACAACCUAUUGGAUCUAAUAUCCAGAUAUAUUCCCCUCAUCAAAUGCCUGAAGUUGGAAUCCAGAAAGGGCUUACUCAUUGCAGUGCUUUCUAGAUUCCUUUUGGUCCCAGCAUUUUACUUCACAGCAAAAUAUGGUGACCAGGGAUGGAUGAUCCUUCUUGUGUCUUUCUUGGGACUAACCAAUGGUUAUCUCACUGUUUGUGUAUUUACCGUGGCACCCCAAGGUUACAAGGGCCCUGAACAGAAUGCAUUGGGUAAUUUGCUCGUGCUGUUUCUUUUAAUCGGCAUAUUUUCUGGGGUUGCUCUUGAUUGGUUGUGGCUCAUAGGAAAAUCAGGAUUCUAAAAUGAAACAGUAUAUGUAAAGACUAAAAAUUCAGGCAGCUUCUCUUUGCUUAAGCAUGUGUAUAAAAUAAAUAGCCAGUGAGAGAUUCAUAUCUUUGACCCAUGUUAUAGAUAGGGGAGAAAAGCAUUGAAUAUAGCAGUAUGUUCUCUUUUAUUAUUUACUCAUAUAAUAUAGAUCAUUUAGAAUCUCUACUUCAAAAAACAAAUAGAUUAAUAUAGAAUCUCUAAUUUUGAAAGUGAAACUUUCACUUUUUCCUUCAUUUUAUUUGAAUUAGAAAUUCUCAGUA